AGGUCCCGCGAAACGGUGCUUAAACGGAGCCUGUGUCCCGCAGGAAAGUAUUAAGCCACGAAGCGUCCCACAUGCAUUGCCCUCCACUCUCCCUUCCCCAGAAACAACCCCAGCUUUUCGAGUACUACUAGUAUUGACUGGAUGAGUCUGCGUCCCGUCAGGUCGGCACUGCUACUUCUGAGCCACGGAAAAGGGGCGCCGGAACCGCACACUGGGGGUAUAUGGCAGGGUAUCUAGACGACUCUUUAUCAUCCCAACUUGGGUGACUACCGGCGUCGACCUUAGCAUCAUCCUCUGAACACUACCAUGAUGUCUCAAGCAAAUCAAACUCCCACUGAGGAGACUGCUGUCAUUAUCUGCGGAGGCGGCCCGACAGGUGCCGUGCUUUCAGCACUUCUUGGUGCCAUGAAAGUGCCCAACAUCGUCUUGGAGAGGGAGAAGGAAAUUACCACCGAUCCCAGAGGAAUUGCGCUGGACGAAGAUGGCAUCCGCGUACUACAAUCCAUAGGUGUUUACGAUCGAAUAUACACUGAGAUUGGCUCUUGCAUGGAAAAGUUCAACUUUGUCACUGGUGAUGGAAGUGACUCCAGAAAAAGGCCACUGUUGUCCAUGGAUUACAGCACGACAGAAGGCGGCACAGGCCAUGUUGGUUUCAUCUGUCAUAAACAGCCGGCCAUGGAGAAAGCUAUCCGAGACCAGAUUGAAAAAACUUCCUUUUGCGACUUCCGGACAGAAUCGAUAGUGACGGGUGUCAACGAGGAUUCUCAGCACGUAUAUGUCGAGUAUACCGAUGCAAAUGCGGUUACCCAUACGGUCAAGAGCCGGUUUCUGGUAGGAGCAGAUGGAAAGACCGGCUAUGUUCGCAAGAAGUAUUUGGAACCGAAGGGCAUCAUCAUGGAGAAAUCCGAGCAGUCCAGUUAUGAGGAGACCUGGGUGGCAUUGAACUGGCAGAUAACGAUACCGAAUGAGAAAAGUCACCCGGACUUUCCGCUGUGGCGUCUGGGAUAUACACCGCAAGAGGUAUACGACUUGUUCUUUCCCACAUUUUUCCGCUUUCUAUGCAAUCCAGAAAGACCUUCGGUUUGUGGACGUUUUGGCUUGCCUUCGGAUCAAUUAUGGAGGUUCGAGUUCGUGGUUCGCAAGGGGGAAGAUGGAAACCGGAUGGCCAGCCAAGCGGAGACGAGCAAGAUCAUUCAUCCAUAUAUCGCCCAUCCUGGGCGUCGAUACGGUUUGUCGCAACCAGUACAAUUUCCCUUGGAUUGCAUCAAGACCUUGCGAUCUCGUCCAUUCUCGUUUGUAGCAAGGAGCUGCAACAAAUGGUCGUUAGGUAGAGUCAUCCUGGCUGGUGACGCUGCCCACGUCUUCCCUCCUUUUGGUGGCCAAGGAAUCGCUUCCGGCUUCCGAGACGCAUCAGCCCUGGCAUGGAGACUAGCAUUUCUCCAUCGUCAACCUGGGGCAGAUCAUGAGCAGGUCCUGACAGCUUGGUAUACGGAACGCCGACAACAACUCGAGAGAUCACUGGCCGCUACCAUCCGCAACGGCGAAUAUGUGACCGAGUCGGAUCCUGUCAAGGUGUUCAUCCGAGAAUGGUACAUGUGGGCAAUCCAGCUGAUCCCCAGCUGCCGCAAACAAAUCGAACUUGGAGCUCGAGCAGAGGGCAUGACAAGGUAUCGGCACAGUGAAGGCCUUCCGUUCAUUCCGGAGAUGGAAGGCGGCGUGCUCCUACCCCAAGUGUAUGCGUACAACUUCAGCACCGAGAAGACGUGUUUCACAGAUGACCUGAUAUUCUCCCCGGACAAGACAGGUCUUUUUCAGCUUCUCAUUCUGCCAGAAGAUGUGGCCAACCUCGAUCGGCUGAUGAGCGCUUUAGAUGGCAUGGAUGAAACUUCAUCAAACCUCAUACGACGCGAAGAAGCCACCAUCCUCGUCCAGUCGAUCAAAGCGUCUCCUGGAUCUGUCAGUAUGUCAAAAUGGACCAUUGCUCGACUCGCGACGGGCGACGAGUUCGCUGCGGACCCAGUCUUGUGUGGAAAUCGACCACGUCCGAUCGGAUAUGAUGAGGCGCGACUACAAAAAGAGAUCAAAGGCAAGAGAUUCGUGAUAGUGAGACAGGAUCGCUUCGUCUUUGCGGCAUGUGAUACGCCGGAAGAGUUGAAACAGGCUGCGCAACGGCUCGCGGCCAGCUUUUCUUUGACUCCCUGAGCAUUAUUGUCGCUUCCAUCAACAGCCUUUCUUGUCCGUGAUACGCCCGCAAGUCCUGACCAAAAUGACAAAAGAGGUUACGGACCUUGUCUGAAUAUUUCUCGACGAAUCAGCUUGUUCACAUCCAGGAUUGGAAAGCGAUCUUCCGACCUGUGAAGGAGUCAUUAUCAAAAGAGUAUGCUAUAUUUGAGGUCCGAUGAUCGGUGGUGGUAUGCUCAAAGCGUGUUAUCUCAAAGUAGGCGCAGUCAUCGCACGGCUGCUUGGACCUAAUGAGGCCUGGGGAAGAAUUCAAGCUUUUUAAAUCCCGCAAAGCCCCUGGAAAGGGCCCAAACAGGCUGGACAAAUCAUGCGUU